AUGUCACGAGAGGCCCACGUGAAGGCAACUCUGAUCGCCUCCAUUGAAGCUUUUCUUACCGAGUCUGGUUUCACCAGUACCGGUAAGGCCUUUGCGAAAGAACAGGCCAGCAAAUCCGUUAGCAAGUCGCUGUCCGACUCCAAGAAUGCGCCAUCUUUGCUCGAAAUCUUCCAAAACUGGGCAGAUAAUGAAAAGGCUACCGAGAAGUCUUCUGAAUCCAGCUCAUCAGAGAGCUCCAGCAGUUCCAGCAGCAGCGAAGAAAGCUCCAGCAGCUCGGAUGAGUCGAGCGACUCUGACGUUGAGAUGAACGAUGCGCCGAAAGCGCAGUCGAAGAAACAAUCCAAGAACUCCUCUUCCUCUUCAUCUUCGUCUUCUUCGUCUUCCUCUUCCUCGUCCGGCUCCGAUAGCGAUGCUGAUGAUGAGAGCGAGGAGGAGACGGCAGCACCCGCUCCUGCCAAACCUCAGGGUACCAAGCGGAAGGCCGAGUCUGAUUCCUCGUCUUCUGAGUCUGAGUCCGAUUCCGACAAAGCCCCUCAAAAUAAGAAGACAAAGAUCGCUGCUAAGAAAGAGAGCUCGUCUUCUGACUCCUCUGCCUCUUCUGACUCUUCAUCCUCUGAAUCUUCGUCCUCGGCUAGCGACUCUAGCGACUCGUCAUCCGAUUCCAACUCCGACUCUGAUUCCUCGGAUUCCGACUCUAGUGACUCUUCUUCCUCUUCCUCCGACUCCGACGAGGAAGAUGGAAAGGAAAACAAGACUUCAUCAUCCUCUCAAAGUUCCUCCGGCAGUGAAACAGUUCAAAACUCCGACUCGGGUGUCCAGAAGUCCACUAACAUUUCGACACCCGUGACCGGUUCAUCUAGUGCUAGCCCAGCCCCCCGAAAUGGCCCCGCCCAGAAAAAGCACACCGGUGCCCGCCCUACUCCUCUGGCUCUUCUUAGUGAACAGCCUACCGACCACUUGCUUUCCAACGACUACGUCCCCUAUGCCUAUGCUGACAGAGCCUUUAAGGAUCUCUCCGUCACUCGUGGCAAGGGCUUUACGAAAGAGAAGAACAAGAAGAAGCGCGGCUCUUACCGUGGUGGUCCCAUUGAUAUCUCGGGAGGCAAGUCGUUCAAGUUCGAGGAUUAA